AUGCUCCCAUUUUUCAAAAACCCAGCCAUCCAGUUUGCCUUCGUGGUUAUUUUAGUAUGCGCACUAGCGGUGUGCAUCUGCAUGCUCAUCGAGAGGGCCGACGGAUUUUUCUGCCCAUUGCCUCCAGAAGAGCUCCGGCGUAUUGUGAACACUAUUCCACCAAGGACCCCAAUCGCAGCUCCUGUUAACCGUUGCCAAGUUGUUAUUAAAAUUGAUCCCACAGAAAGCGAUGUUGACAUGACCAGUGAGAACGAAACACCGAUACUCGGAGUCUGUGCAGUGUUCGGAGCAAGAAUGAGCUCACCGUCACACUCUAAUCUCGAAAAAGAAGAAUUGAACAAAAUCAAUGUUGUUAAAAGUUAUUAUACAGCUGAGAAAAAUUUGAAUGAUGCAUAGCAAUAAAAAUAAGUGUUA